GAGCUGGCCACUCCAUUCAAGGGCCUCCUCCGGACGACCCCAUCAUCCGGCGCUCACCAGCCUCUCUCCUCCCUCCCCCGGUUGUUUGCCCGUUUCACGAGCAUGUCAGACGCGAGCGCGUCCUCGACCCCCCUGCCGGCGGCUAGCGCCGUCUCUGGCGCGCCAUCGUCCUCCUCCCCGGGCACCUCGCCCGAGGAGCCCUCUUCGCACAAGCGCCAGCGGCCUGUCGAUGACAGCACCCCACCCACCACCGACGCGGUUUCAGCUCCGGCCGCGGCGCCGGCCGCCGGGUCGGCCAAGUCCCAAAAGACCACCUCCGGCUUUGGUGCCUACGCUGGAGUCUCGGCCUUCGGCACCCCGGCCGCCGGUGACAAGGCAGCCACCGGCUUCUCGGCCCCCUGGGGCGAGGCCAAGCCCGCCUGGGGAGACCCGGCCAGCGCCUGGAGUGCCGGCUUCGGGGCCGGUCCCGCGGCCGCGGCCGAGGGCUUUGCCUGGGGCCUGGCCGGCGACUCCAAGCCUGCCUGGGGCGCCCCCUCGACCUCGGGGCAUUCCAUUUUCUCCGCGGCCGCCACCGCCCAGGCCGACGCCGGCUCGAGCGCCGCUGCCUCGGCCGCGACGACCACCACCACAACGGCCGCCGCCGCCGUCGCCGCCGCCGCCGCCACCGACACCGUGGCCCGCGUGUUGCCGCCCUCCUCGCCGGUCGCCGUGCCGGCGCUCCUGGCCGAGAACGAGGUGGCCUUCUUCAGUAUGCGUGUCCGCCUCUUCCUGCUGGACCCUGGCCGUGGGGAUUGGCGCGAACGCGGCACCGGGCAGCUCCGCCUGGUUCGCAAUGACGGGUCCGCCGGCGGGCCGUCGACCGGCAGCCCGGUCCGUGGCCGAGUCAUGAUGCACACCGACGGCAACCUGCGCCUGGUCCUGAAUGCCAACCUCUAUGACACCAUGCCGGUGGGCAUUGUCUUCGAGCGGGACAUCCGCCUGAUUGCCAACUGCCCGGUGGCCGCCGAGGAGCUGGGUCGCAAGCCGACUGAUGCCGCUGCCUCCCGUGCCACCUACCUGAUUCGCUGCAAGAACAAGAACGAUGCUCAGACCUUGCUGAACAAGAUCUCCCACCUCAUCAAGAUCACCCCGAUCGUGGCCCCACCCACAGUUUCUUCAAAUCAGCUCAGCCAGGCGGCCAAGCCGGUCGCCGCGACCAAGCCAGCCGCCGAUGUCAGUGCCGCCACCGCCACAACUGGUGCCGACACCAAGUCGGCCGGCGCCUCGUCCACCGCUGCCAGUCCCUCGCCAGACGCGUCUGCAGACGCUGCCUCGGCCUCGGAUGUUGCCAACACCGGCUCCGGCUCCGGCUCCGGCUCCGACUCCGGCUCCGACUCCGGCUCCGGCUCUGCCUCUUCGGACAGUGAGCCCGACGAUGAGGCGUCCUGA